CCGGUGGUCACCCUGAUGCUUUGCUUGCGUACGAUCGGAGGGAGGAGCGGCCCGUGGGUAAGCAACCACGUGACCGUGCGCGCGUCACGUGCCACCGAAGCUUCGAACCGCCUUCCUGGUGCUCUGAAGCGUGCGCCCUGACGCGGUUUUAUCUUCACGUCGAUACGCCUUCGCUUCCGCCUUUAUCGCACUCCGCCCCGCGACGCCAUUCACCGCCCUCCAUGGCUACGACGCACGGUUGCCGUCCGAUCGCGUCGGCCGGCUAUGUCGUCCUCCCGCUCGCGCUGCUUCUGCUCACUGCCAGGUGCGCCCACGCACAGUCCUCGUCGGCUUCGGUGCCCUCCGACAAGUACAACCCUUACUUCGGGGCGCCCAGCUUCAACGCCACCAUGGCCAUAGUUAUCGUGUUCCUUGUGGCCGCCCUCUUCUUAGUGGGGUUCCUCUCCAUCUACAUCCGCCACUGCGCCGGCGGCGGCUCCGACCGACACGGCCUCGGCCGAGGAACUGCAGCCCGGUCGCGGAGGCUGCUAUUGCAGCAGCAGAUGGGGCUGAGCCCGGAGCUGCUGUAUACGUUCCCGACAUUGGUGUACGCGGAGGUGAAGGGGCUUAAGCUGGGAAAGGGCGCGCUGGAGUGCGCGGUGUGCCUCAGCGAGUUCGAGGACAACGACGCCCUCCGCCUUCUUCCUCCGUGCAGCCACGCCUUCCACCCGGAAUGCAUCGACGCCUGGCUCGCCUCCCACGUCACCUGCCCCGUCUGCCGUUCCAACCUCGCUGAAGCAACCAACGCCACGGCUGACAGAGAAACCCCUACCGUGGUCAUUGCCGCCGACCCGGAUCGCGAGGCACCCCAUCAUCCGUCCGAGCGGCGAUUAGAAGAGGAGUUGCGGCGGCCGCUGGAUCACCUGACGAUCGUCGUGGACAAGGCUCCCGGGGAGGACAAUAAUGAGGGAUUGGCACGGAUAGAGGAGAGGCAGAGACCGGAGGUGGGAUCGCGAUCGGGGCGCCGGCCGCCGAAAUUACGUCGUUCCCACACGACAGGACACUCGGUGGUUCUGCCCGGGGAGAACGUCGAGCGGUACACCCUGCGGCUCCCGGAACACGUGUGGCGGGAGAUAUUUGCCUCUCAGAAGCUCCACCGGUCGACGAGCUGCGUCUCGUUUGCGACCACCGUCGAGGGGAGCUGGCGUCGUGGGUCCCGUGGCACCGGCGGAGGAGGAGCAGGGGAGGGGAGCAGCCGCGGUGGGAGGAGCGCGCGGCUGGGUAGGUCGGACCGUUGGCCGUCGUUCCUCAUCCGGACGCUGUCGGCGAAGGUCCCGCCGUGGGUGACGGUGAGGAGAGCUGACGGCGGGGAGGCGUCGGUGAAGAAGGGAGAAGCGGAAGGUUCCUCGAGCGGGAAGUUCACGGCCGUGAGAACGCCGUUCUACUGCGUUGGAGGCGGGGGUAGUGGCGCCACGAAGUCCGUCGUCGCCGCCGCCGCCGCGGCCGACGACGACGAGUCGUCAGCUACCGGACACGCCGGGCGAGUCUGACCGAGUCGAGCUCUUUCGAUUCCUUCACCUUUUUCCCUCACUGCAUUUACACACUAAUAACCAAAAUCCAAUUUGAAUGACGUGGCAUUACACCAUCCGUUGAAGAAAUGUACAAAAAGACAAAAUCAAGGGCGGUGUUUAAAAGGAUCUUUUUUUAUUUUUCUCGUAUUAAAAAAAUAGAAUUUUAAGAAAAAAAAAAAAAAAAGCAGAAGUUGCCGACGCGAUGGCGUUAGCGCGUCGUUUUCUCGAGUACCAGUUUGUUAGAAUGGGGCGACGCCAAACAACCUCAUGACAACCGUCAAAUGUCAUCAACCACACUUAUAUAAACCUUCUUUUUAUUGAUUAUU